AUUACUGGGUUUUUUGGGUGGUAAGUUCUUAAUUAUCUGUGGCCUUAUCCCUUUAUUGUAGUUAAGCCUCUGCUUGGGCUUUCAUCUCACACCUUUGUCCAUGCACACAUGUUAUACACAUGACACCUUUUGAAGGGAACUCGAGCUCUCAGGGAAGUUGCCAAGUACCUAUAAAAAGAGAUCUGAGAGCAGCAUUUCAGAUCCUUUGCUUGUAAACCUUGGGUGUCCUCUUUAUCAAUCCAUAGAAACUUGAUUAGACCCCCCAUUAAUUUGGUGGAUUCAUCCCUGAGGUUUCAUCUUAGAAGAGGGGUAGAUGAGAUAUGUUUCCUGCAGGACACCAAACCUAGAAAUCAGAUCCUUAGGGUGACCAUGAUUUUUGGAAAUGCAGAAUCUUGACCUUCAAGCUGUUCAGGUAUUUUGGUGACAGCUAAGCUGCUAGGGCUGUCAGCAAGAUGCAGCAGGACAGAAGAUUUGUUGGAAUUUAUUAUUCUGUUGGGUAUCUCACACACCAAUUGUUGGGGGCUGAGAUUGCAAAGACGAAAAAACAAUUCUUGAGAUUGAGAACACAAAUAAUUCAACUCUAAUGUAAGAAAUGCAAAAGUAGAAGUAAGAGCCAAGUGCUUGGAACACUUGUUAGAAUUUUAUCCAAUAUUUAUAUAAACAUCUGUAUUUAUUGAUUUACUUUCUGUUAUGAGUUUCAGUGUGUACUGUACUCUCUGGGAACCUUUUGGACUCUAUGUUACAUAUGCACUUAUAAGAGACCAAAUUAGGUCGAUUCUGACAGUUUGAGGAGCUGAGGUUGGAGUCCUUCUAAUGCAGGGUCAGGCAUGUGAGGAUCUGAGAUGUUUGUAAAGCAGCGUUAGUGGUUACCAGUCUGUGCCAGGAAGCAGAGAUGGCACGGUAAGAGCCUCCUAACGCAUUUUCAACCCCCACUGCUUAUGAGUAUUUAACUUUAUUGUAAAGUAAUAUCAAGGAGGAAAAAUCUUGAGGUCAUUAGACUUUGCUGUUUGCAUGGUGGUGUGUCUGAGAGCUGGGGUAGUAAAUGUCAUCACUCUGUCUGCUUCCCUCCCAACGAGGGCUUCAUGUGUCCUGUGGAUGAGUGGUUCUGUUGUUCACUGGCUAAUCGAUGUCCUCAGCACCACUCCCAAGACAGAAGUGCCUCUCCUCCCAAAACAGAGGGUCAAGGGCAGUCGGAUGAAAAGCAUACUGAUGAAUCCACUUCCUUCACAGUAAAAUAUGGAGAGGAAAAGCUCAUCCAGAGAGAGCCCCAGAAGGCCCUCAACCAGACUAGUCAAAGGCGCAGACACCAAAGAAGUGUCUCGGCAGCUCGGCAUGGCAGCUGCCGAGUCAGAUAAGGACUCUGGAUUUUCAGAUGGGAGCUCCGAAUGUCUGAGCUCGGCAGAGCAGAUGGAGUCCGAGGACAUGCUGAGCGCCUUAGGCUGGAGCCGAGAAGACAGGCCAAGGCAGCACUCCAAGACUCCCAGCAGUGCCUUCCCUACACUGUCCCCGAUGGUUGUCAUGAAGAACGUGCUGGUCAAACAGGGCAGCAGCUCAUCCCAGCUCCAGUCAUGGACUGUCCAACCCUCCUUUGAAGUUAUCUCAGCACAGCCACAGCUCUUAUUCCUUCAUCCAUCUGUACCGUCUCCUGCCAGCUCAUGUCACACUGGAGACAAAAAGUCGGACUCCAGGAACUACUUGCCCAUCCUAAAUUCUUACACCAAAAUAGCCCCACACCCAGGCAAAAGGGGCCUUUCCUUCAGCCCAGAAGAACGAGGAGAGAGUGGAGUGCGAAAGAAAAUCUGUACAGAGAGCCUUGGGCCGAGCUUGUCUUCCAGUGAGCCGACCAAGACUGGGGCUGUGCCAUCCAGUCCUCCGGCUCCAGCCCCCUCCAGCGCCAAGCUUGCCGAGGACUCCGCUCCGCGGGGUGUGCCCUCCCUGGUGGCAGGUGGAAGUCCACAGACUCUUCAGCCGGUGUCCAGCAGCCAUGUGGCUAAAGCUCCCAGUCUGACCUUUGCUUCCCCUGCCAGUCCAGUCUGUGCAUCAGAUAGCACUCCACAUGGGUUAGAGAGCACCUCCCCGCUCUCACCACUCUCCGCGAGUUACAGCUCACCUUUAUGGGCUGCAGAGCACCUCUGCCGCAGUCCAGAUAUCUUUUCAGAGCAGCGGCAGAGCAAACAUAGGCGCUUUCAGAAUACCCUCGUAGUCCUGCACAAAUCCGGUUUGCUGGAGAUCACUUUGAAAACCAAGGAGUUGAUUCGUCAGAACCAGGCAAUGCAGGUGGAGCUAGACCAGCUAAAGGAACAGACUCAGCUGUUCAUAGAGGCUGCCCAGAGCAGGGCCCCUCAGGCAUGGGCCAAACUGCAGGCCUCUUUAACAUCAGAGUCCAGCCACGCUGGCAGGCACCUAGAAGUGCUCUCUGACCACCCAGACAUAUAACCCAGAAGGCAUAUUUUCCUGUUAUUUGAGUGCUUCUUUUUACUCUUUUGCUGUUAUUUACUUCUGUUUCCCAAAGCUUAUGUAAGAGCUUUUCCUUAAACUAAAACUCUUCAGUGGUUCACUUAUGAAGCCACAUGCCAAUACUUGGCUGCUGUCUUAAGCUGUGGUCUGUGCACAGUUUACAUAUGUCUCUGUCCCACUGCAAAUCUCGGAUUUGGAGUGUCCUUGAGUCCCUUUUCCUUAGCCUGCAGACACUUAGAUGGGUCAUGGGGCAAAACAGGAGGGAGGAUUGUGUGGGGCUCUUCUAGCUGUCACCUCCCACCAGCCACUAUUACUGUGAUCAAGGGUACAGUGACAUGGAUGAGCCUACGGAGUGAUGCCUGUCAAACCAGGGAAUAGGUGACAUAAAGAUCCCUUCAUGGAUCUUCCUUUGAAUGCCUCAGUCACAGAGAAAAAUAAGAGGAGGUGUGUCUGCAUUCCACAAGGCCUUGUUUCAUUUGGAUGAAACCUUAAAUGCUUUUGGGCACAGGUUGGGCCUGGGUGCAAGCACUUAAUCACGUGCAGCUUUGUUUUCUGAAACUUGAAGGGCAAGGGGAAAGAGUAAUACCAUUUAACUCUUCCACUUUAAUCACAAGUCAGAUUUCACUUAAACUGGUAGGCAGAAUGCUUCUGAUUUUUGAAGUAUAGAAUGGAUUCAGUACCAUCUGGAAUUACAGUUGAUGGAUUGAUUUUUUGACUUAAAGUCUGAAGAAAGUAGCCAUGGCCAGCAUCUCUUGGUCAGGAGUUGGAAGAGUCAGGAAAUUUAUGCUUCCUCUCCCCACUUUCUUCUUUUAAAAUAAUGCAACCUGUUUCAUGUGUGGAAAUCUUAAAAGAUAGUCCCAUGGUUUCUGAGAGUGUAGUGUAAGUUAACCCUCUGCUGCCACCUUUUUUCUUUUUGUU